AUGCUUCCUAAUGAGCUGUUAUUCGAAAUAUUUUGCUAUCUUCGAGCAAUUGAUAUUAUCAAAGCGUUUUAUCCCUUAAACUUUCGUUUUGACUCAUUAAUCGCAAAUAUAUCAAUCGAUAUUGAUUUGGCAGAUGAAAGCAUCUACACGGCAGACUUAAAAAAUAUCAUUCCGCGUUUUGUUGAUCAAGUUAAGACGUUGAGUGUAUGGGAUACUGAAACAUACAAUCGUUUCAAAAACGUUUAUGUUUCAAUAGACAAAUGUCAACAAUUAAGAUCUUUAGAUCUAUUGGGCAUUGGUGGAUCGUGUAUUCGAGACAUAAGCUUUAAAUUAAAAUUUUUUCCACUUUUAUCAUCAUUCUAUAUACGUGCUCUAUCUGAAUGCUCUCUGGGAGAAAUGCAAGUCUUGUACCAAGCUAUAUUUAAUAACCCAACUUUAAAAACAUUGUUGAUCACUUAUAUUAAAACUGAUGAAUUUAACGAUAUUUCUAUACUAAAUGGAAACAAUAUCCAAAAAUUGAAAGUCAAGUGUGCAUUUGCGGAGUUUCAAAAGCUAUUAACGAUUAUACCAAAGAUAAAAUAUUUAAUGGUUGAUGUUGAUUGUUCUACGAAUCAAGGAGCCAAUGUUCCCUCUAAUUUAUCAUUAUCGAUGCCGAAUUUGAUUUAUCUAAGUUUAAACGCACAUUUGAUGGAAUUUGUCUACAUCGAAUAUUUAUUAGCUCAACUAUCAUCAUUAAAACAACUGUUACUUGAACUUACUGAUUACGGUAAAUUUUCUUAUACUGAUGCGUGGCGCUGGGAAAAAGUGUUAUCUUCGAUAAAUAAUUUUGAUCUAACUUUGCCUACUGCUGCAAAGCCAGAAAUCAAGGCUGAUGAAAGAACACCAACAAAGUUUGAUAAUGAUCAGGAGAAAUCAUGCACUGGACAGAAAUUUAGUUUUAAAGAAUUAAAGUCAAGAAAUACUUAUCUGAAACAGUUAUCUGACAACGAUCCUAACUUAUCAAAUCGUUAUUUGAGCCUUGGAAACAUAGCAUUUGAAAGAGAUCAGAUUGAAAGUGCUCAUUCAAAUUAUGUACUAGCACUUGAUUUAGAGAGAAAAUCACAAGUGGUCGAUCAUGAUCGUCUUGCAUCGAUGCACAUAAGUUUAGGAACUGUUUUUCUUGAAUUGAAGGAUUAUAUGAAAUCAAUAGAUCAUUAUAGUGAAGCUUUGGAUUUAUAUCAGAACAAAUUGCAUGGAGAUAAUCGAGUUAAAAUAGCAACUGUUUUAUUUGAAUAUUGGCGAUGUUAUCUAGAUAUAACACGAACAUUGGUAUUAAUCGGCAAUGAACAGCUGCAAAAAAAGUAUUAUGAACUAGCUAUGCUAGCUUAUAAAAAAGGGUUGGUAAUUCGAUUAGCCAAUUCAAGAAAUGCUUCUGGUAUUGCGGGUACUUAUUCCAGUAUUGCUGAAACAUACGAAAUCGGAUUUCAAGAUUAUGAUAAUGCAUUGGAGCACUAUAAAAAAGUACUGAAUAAAUAUGAAAAUGCUACUUUGCCCGAAGAUGAAGUUGAUAUUAUUGAUACACGAAGAGCUGUCGAUCGAGUCAUGAGAUGGCUACAUCAGUCGUGA